AUGUCCCACUCCAUCCUCCACGUCGGCAUCACCUCAUCUGAGAUCGCCAUGGCUGUCGGCGCUGAGAAUGCCGCCAAAUGGAUCGAUAUUGUCGAGAAGGGCAUAGCCAAGGACAAGGCGGCAUUCGAGGCGGCGGGGAUGAGAUAUGAGUUCAUGGGCUAUACUUCCACCGAGGGUAUGGGGAGGUUGGAGAAGAAGCUCAAGGAGGGCGAUUAUGAUGGGGUUGGAGUGGGAUGGGGCAUCCGAGGCACCAAAGAAAUGACUGCCUUCUUUGAAGAACUCAUCAAUACCAUCCAUACGCAAGCACCUAACGCCAAAUUCCUCUUCAACACCGCUCCUGAUGGCACAUUUGAGGCGGCUACGCGGCAGUUUAGCGAUGUUAAGACGGCCUGA